UUCUUCCUCUUUCAAGCCUAGACCAAAAAAACCAGAGAAAGAGAGAGAAGCGGAGGAGAGAGAGAGGAGACAGAAACAGAAUUUGCAGGAGAAAACGGAGGAGAACUCGCUUCCUUAACAAUCUCAUUUCAUUCUCCUUCCUCCUCCUCUUUCUCUCUCUCUCUCUCUCUCUCUCUCUCUCUCUUCAGACCCUACUUAAAGAAUCGGCCUCCUCUUCCCCUUUCCACAGAGACUUUUGAUUUGCAGCUGUUUUCACCAUGAUCUCCUUGAACAGAACCACUUUUCUGACCCAGAUGGGGGUUUCUGGGGCUUGCUCCACUCCAUCCGGCAACGGCAGACGGCGGCCGGCGGCUCUGAAGGUACUGUCGAUGGACUCAAAUGGUCGAGCCGGCGAGCGAGGGGGGAGUGUUGUGGUGGAGAACAACACUGUGAAAGAAAUUGCGAAAGCUCCGUCGCCGGUGGUCGAGGUGGAACCUAAAUCCACCGCCCGGGGUUGGGCUCAGGAUGCGUACGUUGAAGACGCCGCCGCCACGGAGGAACAAAUCAUGACACCUUGGAGCGUCUCCGUCGCAAGUGGGUAUAACUUAUUGCGAGACCCACGCCAUAACAAAGGGCUUGCAUUUACUGAGAAAGAAAGAGAUGCUCACUACUUGCGCGGUCUUCUACCCCCGACAGUUGUUGCUCAAGAUCUUCAGGUAAAGAAGAUGUUGCACAAUAUCCGUCAAUAUCAAGUACCGUUGCAGAAGUACAUGGCAAUGAUGGAUCUUCAGGAGAGGAACGAAAAGCUGUUUUACAAGCUCCUUAUUGAUCAUGUAGAAGAAUUACUGCCAGUUGUCUAUACUCCAACCGUGGGUGAAGCUUGCCAGAAAUAUGGAAGCAUCUUCAGGCAACCACAGGGUCUUUAUAUCAGUUUGAGAGAAAAAGGGAAGAUCCUUGAGGUCUUGCGGAAUUGGCCUGAGAAGAAUAUUCAAGUCAUUGUAGUAACUGAUGGGGAGAGAAUUUUGGGGCUAGGGGAUCUCGGAUGUCAGGGGAUGGGCAUACCAGUCGGGAAGCUCUCUCUAUACACCGCACUUGGGGGUGUUCGUCCUUCUGCAUGCUUGCCCGUGACCAUUGAUGUCGGUACAAACAAUGAGGAGUUGUUGAAUGAUGAGUUUUACAUUGGUCUCAGGCAAAAGAGAGCUACUGGACAGGAAUAUGCUGAACUCAUAGAUGAAUUCAUGACUGCGGUAAAACAGUGUUAUGGAGAGAAACUCCUCAUUCAGUUUGAAGAUUUUGCAAACCACAAUGCAUUCGACUUGCUAGCAAAAUAUGGUGCAACUCAUCUCGUUUUUAAUGAUGACAUUCAGGGGACAGCAUCUGUGGUCCUUGCUGGGCUCGUUGCAGCUUUAAAGUUUGUCGGUGGAUCCUUAGCUGACCAUAGGUUUUUGUUCCUUGGUGCUGGAGAAGCCGGUACUGGAAUUGCAGAACUCAUAGCCCUUGAGAUAUCAAAACAGACCAAUGCUCCAUUGGAAGAAACGCGCAAAAAAAUUUGGCUCGUGGAUUCUAAGGGGCUGAUUGUAAAUUCUAGGAAGGAAACACUCCAACAUUUCAAGAAACCUUGGGCUCAUGAACACAAACCUAUUAAGAAACUUGUAGAUGCCGUGAAGGAAAUCAGACCAACCAUCUUGAUUGGAACAUCAGGCGUCGGAAGAACAUUCACUAAAGAAGUUGUGGAGACUAUGGCCUCAAUCAAUGAGAAACCUAUCAUUCUCUCUCUUUCCAAUCCUACUUCGCAAUCUGAAUGUACUGCUGAAGAAGCUUAUAAAUGGAGUCAGGGUCGUGCCAUUUUUGCUAGUGGUAGCCCAUUCGAUCCAGUUAAAUACAAGGGCAAAGUCUUUGUGCCUGGCCAGGCAAACAAUGCUUACAUCUUCCCUGGAUUUGGUCUGGGGUUAAUCAUGUCGGGCACAAUCCGCGUUCACGACGACAUGCUUCUAGCAGCCUCGGAAGCUUUGGCCUCACAAGUGACCCAAGACGACUUCGACAAAGGACUCAUCUAUCCUCCAUUUACCAACAUCAGAAAGAUUUCAGCACAUAUUGCUGCCAGUGUAGCUGCAAAAGCUUAUGAACUUGGUUUGGCCACUCGCCUUCCUCAACCUAAAGAUCUGGAGAAAUAUGCCGAGAGUUGUAUGUACAGUCCUAGCUACCAAAAUUACCGGUAGAUUAGCCAAGUCUCUCUGCAGUAGCUAUAUCGUUGUAUCGUUCGUUUAUUUACCGAUAAUGUAUGUUCGAUUUUGAUUUAUUUUACUUUCUUUUGUUAUGUAAGUUAGUUGGUGGUUUAGAAAUCAGCUAUAGUUUGUAUUUUUUGUGAAAAAAAAAAAGAAAGAAAAAGAAACUCUUACAAGUUUUACAUGAAAUGGAAUGGAAACUUGUGCUUGAAAUCUGAAGUGGAUUAAUGAUUUGUUGAAUGAGAUUUAUGUGUAAUUCAAAGCA